ACUAAUAAAACAGAAGUGCGAUGAGCGAUAAUAAAUCCUGCAAAAAGGAAGUCAUGUUCGAUAUACCCUAGAUAGAGCAUUUUUAUAUCAUAAUAUAAUACAGUUCGAGAUAGUGUUGAGUAAAACCAUAAUAGGUUUAGUGUUGUGUUUAUCUUGAUCUUUAAUAAUUUAUGGUAAAGUAUUCCUGGGCUACCAUAGAAACAAUCAAAUUAGGAAAUGAAUUAAACCAUUACCAAAAUGUUACAAUUGCUAAUAAUGGCAUUGUUCCUUUUCGAUGCAAUUUCUUCUCAAGAUACUGAAUUUCUAGUAUGUGCUAAUUCAGCAAGAUCUAUUGCACUUAUACCUGAAUAUGAUGGUCCUAUUGAAUCCUAUCAGAAGUGCAAGACAACUGAUUAUUGUUAUACAUUUUGGUUAGAGGAUCCAAAUAAUGGCAGUAUUGUAGUUAUGGGGCAAGGAUGUUGGGAACUUCCUGGAACGCCAAAUGAAUGUGAACAUUCAGAAUGUAUAGCUAAUGCAAGGCCUUCAAAAGUAUUAAACAACACAAAGUUCUGUUGUUGUAAUAGAAGCAAAUGCAAUCUAAAUUUUAGUGAUGCCUAUGUGCCUGUAAAGGAGCCUCCGCCAGAAGAUCUGCCUGUUACACAUUCCAUUGAUUCACUCAUAUAUAUUACAGUUGGUGCAGUUCUUUCGUUUUUUAUUAUGUUUUUGACAACGAUGUCUUACUUUUGUUGGAAAAUGAAUCCGACAAAAUGUGAUAUUGAAAAUUGCCAACAACCUUUACCCCCUCCUGCAGAAUACAGCCUGGAUAAAUUAAAAAUGCUAAAUUUAAUAGGUCAAGGGCGAUAUGGAUCCGUCUGGCGUGGAACAGUUGAAGACCAGGAAGUAGCCGUAAAAGUGUUUCCAGCACAUCAUCGAAACUAUUGUCUGAAUGAACAGGAUAUGUAUAAAAUGGCAGGUGAAAAUGCUGGUCUUAUAAAAUGUUACGGUGGAGGAGAAUAUUCUUUCACGCCAGGAUCUAUCGAAUACGUUUUACUUUUGUCUUUGGAGCAGGAAAGUCUUCAAGAAUACCUAAAGACUCGUACUUUAGAUAUUAUAACUAUGGGAAAAAUGAGUUUAAGCAUAGCCAAAGGUCUUGCUCAUUUGCAUAGUGAUUUAGGUAAAUACUGCAUAGCCCAUAGAGACAUCAACAGUAGGAAUAUUUUGGUGAGAUCAGAUUUGUCGUGUUGCAUUUGUGACUUGGGAUUAGCAGUGAUCCCCAAAAGAACCGAAAAUAAGUCUAUAAGCGAGGCAGGAACUCUUAGAUACAUGGCGCCUGAAGUGUUAGAAGGAGCUGUAAAUCUUAGAGACUGUGAGAGUGCCCUUAAACAGAUUGACGUUUAUGCCCUCGGUUUAGUACUUUGGGAGCUAGGAACGCGUUGUACUGAUUUGCAGAAUACAGAGCCUUAUCCAUAUACUCCUCCAUUUGCUAAGGAGGCUGGAGAUAAUCCAACUUUAGAACAGAUGCAGGCAUUGGUUAGCCGGAAAAAAGUUAGACCACUAUGGCCAGUAUCUUGGAAAGACACUGCGUCUGCAAGAUUACUUUGUGAAACGGCUGAAGAUUGCUGGGAUCAGGAUGCUGAAGCUCGCCUGACCGCGUUAUGUAUAGCUGAACGCCUUGUAGAGGUUCCAACUUUAAAAGGUCGAAGUCUUCAUCCCUACCAUCCUCCUGCCAGUCCUACUCCACUUAUUAAUAACAACCAUCUGCAUGACCACCAGUUUGAUGCAUCUAUUAAUACAAUUGAAACCCUACUUUCGCCAUCCGAAGAAAAUUGUAAAAAUUCAAAUCAGUUUGCUGUAUGCGUAACUCCAUUACAGCCAUACCAGGGAAGAAAUCCAUGUUUGGAGAGAAAUUUAUUAUUAGGUUCAAGCGACAGUUUGCUCAUUGAUAAAUCAUCAAAACAUUGUAGCGGUUCAGAAUCUCAAAACCUAAUACCAAAUGAUUUUCUCAAUUUCCAAAUCAAUCAUAGAGCUACGCCUAUUCCGUACUUGCAAAAUGCAGUUUACGGUAUGCCUAAACAGCAAAAUCAUUCUUACGAAAUUCCCUCGAAAUCUAUAUUUAAAUGGAAUGGUUUUAAGAAUUUUUUAAACAGUAAAAGACAUUCAGGACAAGUAGGAUUUGGUAAAGAUACACAGGUAAAAUUGAACAGCAAAGUAGUUAAUGGAUUUGGUCAAAAUGGAGUGACUACAUCUUUGUUAUAUACAGAAGAUGAAACCGUUAGACCUUCAACUUUAAAGAUUAAACCAGUUGAAAACUCCAAUUCUUGCGGGGUAUCUCAGCUUCUAAAAAGAGAAAAUAAUCUUUCUAGGCAACGAUCUUUAGAUCAUUUCAAUGAGGUAUUUUCUUCAACCAGUGAUCUGUCAAGACUGAAAGACCCUUCUCAAAGGGUUAAAACCCCUGGUGAUGUACCACCUUCAGUGCGUCGUACUAGAGGUAAAGCUGCAACUGAAUCUGCAAGAUUUUCUUUAUAUGAUGACAGAAUGAUGGGGCAUACCCACUGGAGCAGCGCUCCUGAUCUGGACUCACAGAGGCAACAAGCAAAUACAGCACAAAUAAGAAAAGCACAGAAUAAAGAUAGUGUAAGUAGCUUUUAAAAACAAAUUUUGUAAUAUAGGUAGAUUUAUCAAAAUAACUUGUUAAUUUUGAUGUGCUAAGGUUGUGAAUACAAUUUAAUCUUUUGUUUUAAGUGAUAUUAUACUUUAUAGAAGGAAUUAUAUGUAUUUGUUUUUGCUCUAUAAACAUUUAACAGAAAAAACUUUAUGCCAGAAAUAAUCAUAUUUAAAACAUCUAGAAAUAAUAAUUAUUAUUAUCAUUCUGGCUUUACAACACUGCGUCGGUCCUAGCCUCCUCAUGAAUUUCUGUCUUAUGAAUGUAGGAUUUGUGGUUGCGUGCUUAUUUUCAUAAACUUCGUUUUGUUGGUAUUUAUUAUUAAACCCAUUUUUGUAGCUAAUUCUUAGUGCUACAUAUGCCUCAAGUACAGCGUUUUCCAUUCUUCCAACAAUAUUAAUAUCAUCAGCAUAGGCAAGGAUUUGCGCUGAUUUAUUAUAUAUUGAACCGGUGGUUGUGAUUUAUGAGAUACGAUUACUUUUUUCAAAGGCAUACUUGACAGUAUAGAGAAGAGAUGGUCUCCCUGACGCAGCCCGAUAUUUGUUUUAAAUGGUUCAAACGGUUCACCCUGGAUUCGUACUCCAUAUUCAGCUUUUUCAAUAGUUAGUUUUGUUAAAUUUACCAACUGAUUUGGUUUUCCUAGCUCUAUCAUUGCUUUGGACAUUUCUCUUCUAUUGACAGAGUCGUAAGCUGCUUUAUAGUCUAUAAAUAUGUUAUGAGUAGCUAUGCCAUAUUCCGCUGAUUUUUCUAAAAUUUGUCUCAGGGUUGCAAUCUGAUGAAUUGUCGAUUUACUACAUCUGAAACAAGCCUGGUAUUUUCUUACUAUUCGUACUGCAUAUGGUGCCAUACAGUGGCACACUGUGGAAAAUAUUUUAUACGCUGCAUUCGAAGCGUUAUUUCCUCUGUGGUUAAGACAUUCAAAGGUAUCUCCUUUUUUGUGUAUGGUGCAAAGUAUUUUAAUACUCGAAUCACUGGGGAGGGAUUUCUGUGUCCAUAUUUCUUUUAUGAGCUGCUGUAGUGCCAUUAUGGUAUCGUGGUUACCUUCUUUAUAUAGUAAGCUGAGGGAUUAUAUAUUCCGGGCGAUUUUUUUUCUGGCUCGUUUUUAACUACAUCUUUAACCUAAAGAAUAUUAGUGGUUUUAGUAUAAAAAUUGGUGGUCAAGUAUAAAAAUAUUUUCAAAUAUACAGGGCUACGUUUAGAAUUCUUCCAUCCAUAUCCCGCUGAAAAUAACUUCGACGUUGGAGAUAAAGUGAAAGCAUUUCUGCAAACUCCAUAUCAACUGGAACUACUUUUUUAAAAUGGUGCCGUUAACUAAGGCACAAGUUUGCAUUAAUUAGUGCUAAAAUUGAAUGAACUUUCGAACAAGGGACUUUGGUCCACAAGGGACUUUGUCUAUUUAACACAAAUAUACAAUGCUGUUUUAAGGACGGAAUACUUUCCGCUUUUUUUUGUGGAAGGUAGCCCAAAUUAGAUUAACAUAUUAAAAGGUCCCUAAAGGCAAAAUAGAAGGCUGUAGAGGUGGAGGAAGAAAACACGUUUCUUGGUUAAAAUACAUUUAUAAAUGGACUGAGAUGUUAAGUGCAGGACAAUUAUUCCAUUUGACAGAAGCCCAAAUUACACUAAUCCCUAACCCAGGAAAACCUGCUGAACAAACAACAUCCUAUCUGUGGCCUCUUUGUUGUGGCCAAGUUACUAGAAAAAUUACUUGUAGAGAAAAUAGAACCAAUUCUGAAAGCAAAUCAAUUAAUUUCUAAUCAUCAAUUUGGAUUUAGAGUAUAUAUCUAUGUUUCGUGGACCUUAAGAAGGUAUUUAACCAGGUCAAAUUAAAAGUCGUUAUCCACUUAUUUUACGCAAGAGAGAUACCUCUAGGAAUGAUUAAAACAAUUGAAAAUAUUUACCAAAACAACACAAUAAAAGUAAAAGUGGGAGAAGAACGAAUCAACCCAAUUGAAGCUGGCAAUGGGAUAGGACAGGGAGAUACCCUGAGUCCUCUAUUGUUCAACCUGAUUAUGGAUGAAAUAAUAAGAAAAGUCAGAACUAAAAAAGGAUACCAAAUGGGAGAAAAACAACUUAAAAUAAUCUGCUAUGCAGACGACGCAAUACUAUUCUCUUAAAGUGAAGACAAUUUACAACGUAUGCUUCACCAAUUUAAUAAAACCGCCAGAAAAUUUAACAUGUUAAUUUCACCAAAAAAGACAAAAUCCAUGGUUACAAAAGCAAAUUUAUUAAGAUCUAAAUUGGAGCUGGAAGGUCAGCUAAUAGAAUAAGUGAUUUAACAAGUGAGUUGAAAUAUCUAGGCAUCACAUUAUCUAGCUAGGGAUAGCUCAAAACUGAAGUGGAAGAUCAAGUGAAUAGAGCAAACAGAGCCACAGGCUGCCUGGAUGAAACAAUGUGGAGAAAUAAAAAUGUCGGGAAAGAAAUGAAAGACAGAAUUUACAAAAUAGUCAUCAGGCCAAUAAUGACAUACGCGAAAGAAACACGACCUGACACGGGUAGGGCAAAAAGGAUGUUAGAAAGUGCAAGGAUGAAAACACUUAACGAUGGACUAUUAUACAAAAUGAGAAAAAACUGUUGCUUACCGAACAACAUUUUCCUUAUUCUCAAAUCCUACCUUCAAAAUAGACACUUUCAAGUAAGGUAUCAAGACAAAACUACAACUCUACACCCACUAAGGUCUGGCGUGCCUCAGUGGAGUGUACUUGGCCCGAUCCUCUAUAUCAUCUACGUAGCAGACACACUGCAUGUUAGAAACAAAAUAAGAUUAUAUUAGGAAAUUAAUAUUAAGUGAAUUACCAGUUUAGAAAAUAUCGAACAUGUUUUGUAAAAAUGGCAACGCAAAAUUUACGUAUUUGUUAUGAUUUAUAACAAACAAGAAGAAACUAAUAAGACUUAUAAUUUUACUAAAAUAAUGAUUUAUUAUUUAAUAUAAUUCUGUAUGAAACACAUGAAGAAAAACUGGCUAUAAAACUCUGAAGAAAUUUACAAUGAAGUAAAAUGGAAAACAACAAUUAAUGGAAAAAAAGAAGCAGAAAAACCUAAAUCCCAUUUCUUUGGCUAAAACUUCUUCAGAACUAUGAGCAAGCGAACAAAAACCAUGGGACUCAAAAUUAACCACAGUCAAAGGAAAAUAACUGCAUCAAGCUGGUACAGAACUUUAAUGUAUAUGUGUAUCGACUGGAAAACCUAAGUAUUACCCAACAUAACAAAAUAAAAUACCUGCUUUGUUGGACUUUUCCUGCUAACAACAAUCUCCAC